CGUUCCUAUCGCCAUCCCCCCCGACCCCCCGCUCCUCCUCUCGCCUCGCCUCGCCGCCCCCGCUCCCCACGCCGCCCGCCGCCGCGCCGCGCGCCAUGGAGGCCGCCGCCGUGCCCAGAUCCGCGGCCAUCUGCCGCGCCGCGCCGGCGGUCCCGGCCGCGCGCGCCCGCGCCCUGGCCCUGCCCCGCCGCGCGCGCUCCGCGUCGGCCCCGGCGCCGCGCCGCCUCGUCCUCGCCGCGCGCCGCGCCGCCGACGGCGACAGCGUCGAGACGGCGCCGGAGGCGGUCCCCAUCGAGAAAAGGUUCCCUGCCUUCCCCAGCGUCAUGGACAUCAACCAGAUCCGCGAGAUCCUCCCCCACAGGUUCCCAUUUCUUUUGGUUGAUAGAGUAAUUGAAUACAAGGCUGGAGAAUAUGCAGUGGGGAUCAAGAAUGUUACGAUAAAUGAUAACUUCUUCCCAGGACAUUUCCCUGAACGCCCCAUAAUGCCUGGUGUUCUCAUGGUUGAGGCUAUGGCUCAGGUUGGGGGUCUGGUGAUGCUGCAACCUGAAGUUGGUGGAUCUCGAGACAACUUCUUUUUUGCAGGGAUUGACAAAGUUAGGUUCCGGAAGCCAGUGAUUGCUGGGGACACAUUGAUCAUGAGAAUGACUCUGACAAAGUACCAGAAGAGAUUUGGACUCGCAAAGAUGGAUGGAAAAGCUUAUGUUGGUGGUGACCUAGUUUGUGAGGGGGAGUUCCUCCUUGUCAGUGCAACUGAAUAGUCCAAAGAUAUCUAGCACCGCCCAAUUCCCUUCCAGAGUCAUUGGCUAGGAUGGGACCAGGUUAGUUUCUUGAAAGAAUCGAGUUUUGAGCUAAACAUACAAUUGGCAUGAGGCAAUCCUUUACCUGUUGUUAAGUGUGUUGAGUCCAUGUUCACACGAUUUCUAUCGCCUACCAGAGCUUAAUCUAGCUCUGUUGCUGUUGUAAUACAGGAUUACAGUAUGUGAGGUAGUUGUUUGAUGGAAUAAACAAUGAUGGUUUGAGUGUGCUUCCUGGAAUUUCUUAGUGGAUCC